AUGUUUUUGCAGAACCCUGCCUCCCUGCGUCUAAGCUCUUGGUUUGGCCAGAAUGAUAGACCGAACAAAUUUGCCCCUCGCCGUGUAAUCCCCGCCACGAUUGCCGCGCUCGGGGGCCUGGUGCUGUUUUACCUCUUUGUGGUGCCUCAACUUCUCCGAUUUCGAUUCCGCGCCGGCCUCGGCUGGUAUGACCUGGGACUAUAUGGAUUCGGCCCCUCGACAACCUAUGUUUCCUUCGAAGAAGAAUCUCCGAUUGUCGAAUUCUCCCCGAACGAUGCUCAAUGCGACUCUCGAUAUACGUUCUUGGCGCCCCGGGGCGAUUCAGUCGCCCAUGCUGGGCCAAUGAUCCUGGAUGCUCAUGGAGAACUGGUGUGGAUGAAAUACAAUUGGGGAACAACACAGGAUUUUGGAGUUCAACGGUAUCGUGACCAAGACUACUUGACGUUCUGGCAAGGUGACGAGGAAGAUGGGCAUGGACGGGGAUCCUGGUACAUGUUGGAUUCAACCUAUACAACGAGGUUUGUUGUCUCCCCGGUAGGAGAUAUGCCUGGCGACCUCCAUGAAUUUCAUAUCACUCCCAACGGCACCGCGCUUAUCACUAUCUACGAUCCCAUUCCCGCCGAUUUGACAUCUGUGGGCGGCCCUGAGUUGGGCUGGCUCUACGAUGGCGUUUUUCAGGAAAUCGAUAUUGCAUCCGGUGAACUUCUCUUCGAGUGGCGCUCCUCCAACUUCUACCCACCAAGUAGCAGCUACGAGUCUCUCCAUGAAAGGGGUCACGAACGGACACUAGGGUACGACUACUUUCACAUCAAUAGCGUGGACAAGAACGACCAGGGCCAAUAUUUGGUAUCCGGCCGGCACACCCACACCGUGACCUGUGUUGACGGAACGACUGGCGAGGUCCUUUGGACUUUGGGUGGAAAGCACAACGAGUUUACGGACGACUCAGGCGGCGCUGCUACUAACUUCGCGUGGCAACAUGAUGCCCGCUGGCGUGACGGCAACCGUAUCACCUUAUUCAAUAAUGGGGCAAGCAACGACCACGACCCUUCUAUAGUCACUCACGGUGCCUUGCUCGAGCUCGAUAUUCCAGCGCGGCGAGCGGCGCUCGUGACCAGCUACGACCAUCCCCAGGACAUGCUUGCCGUCUCCCAAGGCAAUGUGCAAGUUCUGGACACAGGAAACGUCCUUGUUGGCUGGGGUCAUAGUGCUGCCUACACGGAGUUUACCAAAGAAGGAGAUGUGUUGUGCGAUGUCCAUUUUGGCGCGUCGGCAUAUUUCUCCUUUGGUCGGAUAGUCUCCUACCGCGUAUAUAAGGGGAGCUGGAUUGGCACUCCGAACACCACUCCUGAUGCAGCGAUAGCAGACGACAGCGUGUUCGUGAGUUGGAAUGGUGCCACAGAAGUGGCCUCAUGGCAGCUGGAGAUCUGGGAUGGCGCCGGGUUGGACAACAUGACCUUCACGGCGACUGAUCAAGUGGAUCGCACCGGAUUUGAGACCGAAAUCCGGCUUCCGCCCCAAGUGACCUCUUAUUUCCAAGUCAGCGCUAAAAAUGCCAAUGGAGAUAUUAUAGGCACAACGCAAAUUUUGCAACGGGGCUCUGGAUCAUUCCGAGCAACCUUGCUCACCGUGCAAUGGGGCGUUUUGAUUAUUGCAGUUUUCGCCUCCGCCUGUCUCGUUUGCGGGUUUUAUUGCGCCGUCAGUCGGUAUUUGCGGCGCCAUAGAUCUGCGCCCUCUGGAAGCUACCAGCUAGUGGUGCAUAACGAUGAUGAUGAAAGCGAAAGCGAAACCAGUCGUUUGCAAGUUUAG